AAGAGUAGCAUCGUCCAUUUUCAGAAUGGAGAUCUCCUCUCACCAGUCUCACCUCCUGCAGCAGCUGAACGAGCAGCGCAGGCAAGACGUGUUUUGCGACUGCAGUAUUCUAGUCGAAGGCAAGGUCUUCAAAGCGCACGGGAAUGUGUUGUUUGCGAGCAGCGGCUACUUCAAAAUGCUGCUUUCUCAGAACUCAAAGGAGACAAGUCAGCCAACCACAGCCACGUUUCAGACCUUCUCCCCCGAUACCUUCACAGUCAUCCUGGACUUUGUCUACUCUGGCAAACUCUCUCUUACUGGAUAGAAUGUUAUAGAAGUGAUGUCCGCCGCGAGCUUCCUUCAGAUGACUGACGUCAUUAGUGUGUGUAAGUCUUUCAUUAAGUCUUCCUUGGACAUUAGUGAGAAAGAGAAAGAUCGCUACUUCAGCCUCUCAGAUAAGGACACGGGCUCUAAUGGAGUAGAGCAUUCCUCUUUUUACAGUAGCAGCUGGCAGGAAGAAAGUGGGUCUCCCAGCUCUCACCUGAGCCCAGACCAAGGACCAAGUCUAGUAAGUGGAAAGCCAUGGAACAAGUACGGUUACCACCCAGCCUCCCAGAGGGGUCCUCAGCAACCAUUAGCCAAGCACGAGCAAAGGAAGGACCCCAUUAAAAAGACCAAGCAUUUGAGAUUACCACAGCCAUCUGAAGUUGUUCAUUUUAAGUCUGGCAAAGGAGAUGCUCGGCCCUCCAAUUCCAGCAACCAUGUUCCCCAGUCUGAAGAGCAGGUAGAGGUUGAUGCUGAAGUGGAUUCUGUUCCUGCUGGCUACCAGUACAGCCAAGGGUCUGAUGUCACAUCCAGGAGCUUUCCAGAUGAUCUGCCCAGGCUGCGAUUCAAAUGCCCAUACUGCACUCAUGUGGUGAAGCGGAAGGCAGACCUCAAGCGCCACCUGCGCUGCCACACAGGAGAGAGGCCGUACCCUUGCCAGGCUUGUGGGAAACGCUUUAGCAGGCUCGACCAUCUGAGUAGCCAUUUCCGAACAAUUCACCAGGCAUGCAAACUCAUCUGCAGGAAAUGCAAACGCCAUGUGACUGACCUCACAGGGCAAGUGGUACAGGAAGGAACCAGGCGCUACCGACUGUGUAACGAGUGCCUUGCUGAAGUGGGCAUGGACAGCCUCCCUGUGGACCUCGAAGCCGAGCCACGCCGUGCGUCCCCGGCUGAUGGAGAGAAGGAUGGCCGGUGGCACCUGAACGAAGGAGAGAAUCGAGCCUAUGUGGAGAUUGUAGAGGAUGGGUCUGCCGAUCUGGUCAUACAACAGGUGGACGAUAGCGAGGAAGAAGAAGAAAAAGAAAUAAAACCCAACAUCAGGUAG